AUGGACUCUAGCACCGUUGAGGCCGCUGCUACCAAGACUGCAUCCGAUGCCACUAUUGCUGCUGCAGAUAAUCCAGUCACUGAUAAUAGCGAACAAACGCCCGCCGAUGUAGCUCCUUCCGCUGACCUGCCUUACGCUGAUGCGCCGUCUGAUGUGCCACCCGCUGACGCGCCUGCCGAUACACCUUCCGUUGACGAGCCUUCCGCUGACGAGCCUUCCGCUGACGCGCCUCCUCCGAACGCUGCCGCGGAAGCUGCUCCAACCGACGAAGUUGCCGCAAACGCCACCGCCGCCGCGCCGCCAGCGAAAGAAAGCACGCCAACAACCGCCGAGAUUAUCCCAGGGGCUCUGGAUGAGACACCCGUUGCUGCUUCUGACACGGCGCCCGCCGCUGAAGCCAUUGACCCCCCCAAAUUGCGCAAGGUUCUCAUUCCUCUAGACGACACGUCAGCGAGCCACGAGGUGCUGACGUGGGCGCUGGAUCGGUUUCUGGAGCCGACGCGAGACUACGUGUUCCUGCUGCACGUGCUCUCGCCUUUCAUGCCCGGGGUUGGCGGCCCCGCGUCCGUAUCCGGCGGCGCGAUUGCGCCGUUUCCCUCCAUGAUUACUCUACCAGGCCUGCAUGUCAGCAGUGAUGACUUGGCACAGGUGGCAGCAGCACGGAGAGAGGAAGCACACGUGAAGCUGCAGGGAGUGGCCAGGGAGCUGGCAGAGCGAGGACUGGCGUGUGAGGGCCAUGUGGAACUUGGGGAUGCCCGCCACGUCAUCUGCCACGUGGCAGAGCACUUCCACGUAGAUGCUGUGGUGAUGGGCAGCAGGGCUAGAGGAGCCAUGAAGAGGAUGAUGCUUGGCAGUGUGAGCGACUACUGUGCACAUCAUUCCCCAGCACCAGUUCUUGUGGGUAGCAGUAGGAGUUCCAGCAAUGGGCAGGAUGCACAAGAGGCUGUUGGUGCUUAG